UGUAGCAGUGUGCAUUUGUUGAACUGAUAACUUCUCAUUUAAAAAGUUAUUAAAGUUAGGGUUUUCAAUUCAUCGGUCGUCUACUACAAAAUUACCCCAACACGUACACAUUUUUUUAAUAGGAAAAACUCAUUCCAUAAUUAAAAUUGUAUAUAUAAUGCAAGAAUGGUAGAGAUUGGAGAUGCAAGCGUUCCACUGUAUAUCAAGUUUAUAUUGAGAGUGGCAGAGCUCCAAUGGCUUCCACCGAUUUUUCAGCCAUUUUUUUUGCAUUGCUCAUUCUCUUUCUUUUCAUCAUUGUCUCUCGUAUCAGGAGGUUGAAGUUCCAUGGAGUCAUUCCUUGGAAUUGGCCAAUCGUUGGUAUGACACCCACUGUUGUUGCUCAUCUCAACAGACCUCAUGAUCGCAUUGCUGCAAUCUUACAAGAAGCUGGUUCCACCUUCUUAUUUAGAGGCAUUUGGUUUUCAAAUACGGACUUCCUUUUCACAGCUGACCCUUCAAAUAUCAACCACAUCUUGAGUGUCAAUUUCGAACGAUACCCAAAAGGCCCUGAUUUCAAGUACCUUUUUGACAUUUUGGGAGAUGGGAUUUUCAACUCCGAUUCAGAUGCUUGGAAACAGCUACGCAAAACCGCUUAUGCCUUGGUCCAUGAUGAGAAAUAUCUUCAAUUCUUGCAGAAAAUUACGGUGAAGAAAGUGAAGGAAGGGCUUGUUCCCGUUCUUGAAAGUCUUUGUCAAAAUGGGUCGGUGUUUGAUUUGCAAGAUUUGUUUCAGAGACUCGCAUUUGAUUCAACUUGUAUAUUGGUCACUGGCAUCGACUUCGAUAGUUUAUCCGUUGGAGUCCGUCAUCCUUUCUCUGAGGCCAUUGAUGAAGCUGAGGAAGUCAUCUUACUACGACACAUUUUUCCUAAAAAGAUAUGGGAAUUUCAAAACAAACUCCAAAUUGGACAACCCAAGAAGAUGAAACAUGCUUGGGAAAUCAUAGAUGAAACCAUUGCCAAAAUGAUAGCCUCCAAAAGGGCAACCUCGGAAAAUCAACUGAAAGAAGAGGCAGAUGAGCAAGGAGGAGGAGGGGGAGUUGAUUUGAUGACAUCAUAUAUGAUAGAUAUGAACAAAGAUGAUAAAUUUUUGAGAGACACUGUUUUAAAUUUCAUGAUUGCAGGUAGGGACGGUCUAAGUAUAACACUCUCCUGGGUUUUCUUUUGUCUUUCAAAUAAUCCAAUUGCCUUGGCAAAGAUCAGAGAAGAGCUUGAAACAACGAUUCCACCGAAUGAAGCUCGUGAUCAAUUGCGGAUAUUUUCGAUUGAAGAGGUGGACAAGUUAGUUUACUUCCACGGAACUCUGUGUGAAACUCUUAGACUAUAUCCUCCAGUCCCACUCCAACACAAGGUGUCAGUACAACAUGAUAUCCUUCCAACUGGUCACCACAUAAAUCCCUAUACGAAGGUUUUGAUUUCUUUAUAUGCAUUGGGAAGAAUGAGUGAUGUGUGGGGAAAAGAUUGUAUGGAGUUUAAGCCAGAGAGAUGGAUUUCAGAAAAUGGAAGAAUCAAACAUGUGCCAUCUUACAAAUUCUUGGCCUUCAAUGCUGGGCCAAGAACUUGUCUCGGGAAACAAGUGGCUUUUGUGGCAGUUAAAAUAAUUGCAGCUGCCAUUAUUCAUAACUACAAUAUUAUUCAACAACCAAACCAAGAGAUUAUUCCAAGUACUUCCAUUAUUCUUCAUAUGAAGCAUGGAUUCAAGGUCAAGGUUACAAAGAGAUGGACUUGAAAGAAAUGAAAACAGGUAAAGGAAUUACAAAUUUCUAGUAUACUGUUGGUAAAUUGGUCAAGAAUAAAAGGAAACGUGAGAAUUGUAGUGUUGCCUUUUCUUUGACAUUGUUUGACGUUGUUGUGUGUACUUGGUUGAUUUAGACAUGGUUUAAUUAGGUGAAGUAUUGGAAGUCAUGUUUCAGUUUUUACUUCUGGUCUGAAAUGUAAUUUUUUAAAUUAAAAGAAAAUUAAUGUUACAUUAUAAAGUAAAAUUACAUAA